ACACCCCACUUCGUUGGUCUAAAAUUUUCUUUUAAAAUGUAGUUGUGUGGAAGACCAUUGCAUCGGACUAUCGGAUGAUGGAUUCUACACACCCAGUCACAUCUGUCACAUUUGCAUAGAAGCUGAGACAAAUGGGAAGAGGAAGAGAACAUUCUCUCUAGUAGCACGGGGAGCAAAGGGUAUGUUCUCGCUAGGAGCCGGCGAGGCAUACAGCGCAUGCCAAUGCGCGGAGCAACUUCAGCAGAAACAAGUUAAAAUACACUCCAGCAGCAGCAGAUCCUCUAUUUUAGAAGGCGUGAUCACACGUAGGAGAUCCGUUUCGGUGGGUAGGCAUCGGAAUCUCACCUGUGCCUGUUCCUCUCGCGCGAUCUGUUGAUGAAGCAGGCGGCGGCGGCGGAAACGGAUGCCCUGGAGACGAUCGAAUCCGACUACGAAGCCUACACAGCACGCUCCUUUCGCGACGACCGGACGGCUGUCUGGUCCCGCACGCACGGCUCUUUCGAAGACACCACGAAGCUCCGCCCCAUGCGCUUCACCGACGAGCCCGCGCCCCGCUACGGCGCCUUCCCCAUGAGCACCCUGCAGGUGUUUUCGGUCAGGGUCGAAGGGAUCAGGAGGGGCCUGCGGUGGCUGAUCGAUGUGUUCGGCAUCGUCGCCGCGCGCGACACCGUCGACUUCAACCGCAACGUCAUCUUCAGCCGCACGAGGGACAACUGCCAGACCCUCACCAAAGAGGAUCGGAACUUGGCACUGGAAGGCCCGACCCGUGCCGUCGUGUGGCAGGGUCACCUGUACAUCGAGGUGAAGCUGACGGUGAAGGGGGCCACCGAGUCCGAGGACAAAGACCUGAGCUUCCUGGUCGUGCCGUUUGCGUGUGGUAAUGCGGCGUACUCAUGUCAGUAUUAUGGUUGCAAAACUAGCAAGCUUAGCACGGUGAGGCUUUCACUUGGUCUCAUUGUUGAAUCUGUGGAGGCCACAAUAUUUGUGCGAGUCAGAGAUGGGUCAUGGCCGGAUGGUUUCGGUGCCCAAUUCGCUGCGUUUACCACUGGCAUUCGUCGCAAGAGAGCCCCUAGCAUGGAUCACAAGAAGAUCAUCUUGCUUGAUUCUGGAAGCAGGAAGGUGCCUGUCACUGCUGACGGCGGGGUCGUCCUCUCGCGGCGUGUCGUUUCGGUCGAGACCACCGGGAAGCUGAGAGUCUGCGUCAAGGCGUGGGAGGCUGCGAGAAGCGUAAGGAUGCCGUGAAGGAUGAGGUGCUCUUCACGCCCCAGGAAGCGGGUAGGAGCUCCGGUUUGCUCGAUGCUGGCUUCUGUAAGAUGGAAGUUACGGUCGCCUGGUCACUCGUUACCUAUGAUGAAUAUAAUAGUAUGACGAGUGACCUGUUAUAUAUGGAGAUACUACCGCUGAUGGGAGGUACAGAAGCUAGAAGUUACGGGCACUUGGAAGUUCUUGCAGAGUGACGGUUAUUAUAGUUUUCUGAAACUGGUAUUGUAGCUGUUUGUUCUAGAGGGGUAUGUUAUUAUGAUCCUGGUGAGGCGAGACUACCAGAAAGCUGCAAGUUUCUGUCAGGGCUUGGGAGACUACCGGGUGUUGCCAAUGUUAUUAUGAUCCUUUUUUCUUAAAAAACAGACUUACUCGACAUGAAAA